ACGUGCGUAAUCGUGAGGCUUACCACUUCGCUGUCCAUUCUGAUCGAAAUAUCACGCCGAUUUGUCCUAUUCUGCGUAAUUUUCUACCGCGAUGGUAAAACUGAGAGGCGGUGAAAGCAGCAAAUGACGUAGCCAGCAAGGAAGUCUGAGGAAGUAUGUGAAAUAAAUGAUGGAGUUAUGAAGAAAAAUUUACCAAUUAUCGACCUCUGUACACGUACACAUCGAAACGUGUGGUACGAUCUCUUAAAUGAAACGAAUGUCAUUAAAUGGGGUUCGGGAAUUUUCGCACCAGACGGGUACCCAAGAAGUCUUCGGUCACGUCAUAUUUUUUUCGUGAUCAAUUUAAAUUUCAAAACUUGAUUCAAAUUAUGUGGUAAGUAAUACCCUAGAUACAUUAAACCGGAGCACGAAAAUUAUUCGAGUGCAUGUUUACUCGUUCUUCUAGAACUUGAAGCUUCUUCGUAUUAUCAUCUUCCAAGUUUCGUUAUGUGAGACGUUCUUCCUAGUAAUUUUAUUCGUCUUCAUCGGACGUUACUUCUGAUAAAGCGGUCUAGAUAGUCACGUAGCCUUCGCACCAAAGUCAACGACCAGCUCGUGUAGUAGGAAUUCACGAAGCGGAGGCACAAUAACGUAACAUGACAUUGAUUCAUAUUCGCAGCAAACCUGUGCUCCUGAUUUGAGUGGUCGAAAAUUCUUCUUCGAUCGGUGAGAAAAAUAUUGAAAAAUUUGAAAAUAUUAAAGUUGUGAAAAGGAAAAUCGGUCAAGUACAAUGGAAAAUAAAUGUGUGCCUCUGAAAGGAGACCUCGUCGACCUCCUCUACAAGUCAUUUUACAACAGUAGUGAUCAUGGUUGGGUGAAACUUGAGGGAUGCGUUCUACCUGGACACUAUAAAAAGUUUGCCGAUGUGAUAGAAAACUUUGAAGUUCGUGAUGCCGACGUCUGGGUCUGCACGUUUCCUAAAUCAGGUACAACUUGGACGCAAGAGAUGGUCUGGUGUAUUAAAAACGAAUUGGAUUUCGAAGGAGCCAAAGUGAUCCUCAACGACAGGUUUCCAUUUCUAGAACUAUCAGCUUUGUGGGACUUUUCAAAGAUAGUAGAACGGGAUCCGAGUCACCAUUUUCCAGAAUCGUCUAUGAAUAGUAUGAAAUAUACGAGCCAAUUAUCCAGCCCACGAUUCAUCAAAACGCAUCUUCCUUUUCAUCUACUUCCUCGGCAGAUCAGGACCAGAGAAAAAACUCCGAAAAUCGUUUACGUGACUCGUGAAACGAAAGAUGUUUGCAUAUCAUUUUAUCACCACGCUGUUCUUAUAGAAGGAUUUGUGGGAACCUUUGAAGAUUUUUACACUCUAUUCCUCGAUGAUAAGAUUUUCUACUCACCGUAUUGGCAACACGUACUGGGUUAUUGGGACCAGAGGCACCAGCAGAACGUUUUGUUGCUCAAGUUCGAGGACAUGAAAAAGGACCUACCUUCGGUGAUAAAAAAGACAGCCGAUUUCUUCGAUAAGAAAUUUACGAGCGAUGAGGUCGCACUUCUCGAGAAGCACUUAAGUUUUGAGGGGAUGAAGGCGAAUUCAGCUGUGAACAAUGAAUCGGUCAUAGAGGAGUCUCAAAAGUUUAAUGCCGGAGAACGAAAGGGAACAUUUCUACGGAGUGGCAAGGUCGGGCAAUGGAAGACUGGGAUGACUGAGGAACUUGCACAGAAAUUCGACGAAUGGACCGAGUCGAAAUUGAAGGAUACAGAUUAUUUGCUGUAAUUAGG